GAAUUUCUCGGUGUUCAGAGAGACUUCCUUUUCAAUGACGGCCACCAACUAUCUCAGAAGUCUAGUUCGAAUCCCACCCAUGUCUCGUAGCAUUCUUAGUAGCAAGAAUUUACUAUGGAAUCAUGGAAUGAAGUGCCAGUGCAGCAGCAGCAGUAGCAGUAGUGGCAUUGAUGAGAAGUCAGUGUUUUCACUCACCUCGUCAAGCAAGUACGAAGUUGAUUAUUUGGGAGAGAAAACCAAAGGGGAUUUGAAUGUCAAGGUGGAGCAUCUUGAGGCCUUUGGAAUUGAUAGUCAAGCAACUUUAAAAGGUCCAAUUGAGGAAGUGGCCAGGGUUGAGGCUGAAGAAGCUGAAGACUUGCUCAGAGACUUGGGUAUCCCGACUCCUUUUUCGUCAAGACAAUCACCUCGCGGCAAUUUUUUGUAGCCGCACAUUGAAUCUUGGAUCAAUUAGUGCCAUUGGA